AUGAGUAAGAAGAAACUUGCACAAGCUAGAAUGAUUAGACAUCAAGCUAUAGCUUCUUUGGCAAAUAAAGCAGUUGUAGGAAUGAUAACACAAAUACAUAUCACAGAUCUUUUAAAAAUAAUAGUUAAUCUUAUAGAACAAGGAUCUGAGAUGUCACAAGCUACUGUUGCUUAUAUAUCUGGUUAUAUUGAUGAUGUCAAAUUUAAUAAUGGUAUUCUUGAUAUAGGAUCAAAUAUUGAUAUGAUUGAUGAUAAGUUUUUUAAUUCUCUUGAUUUUAAUAUUGAUCAAAAGGCACAAUUUCAAGUAAAGGUUGCUGGUUCAAAAACUAUUCCAAUUGAUGAAAAGAAAGGUAUUCCAAUUUCUAUUGGUAAUAUUACUAAUCCAGGUAACUUUUUAGUAAUAAAAAAUUUAGGACAUCCUAUAGUACUUGGAAUGUCUUGGAUUAAGCAAGUUAAAGGUAUUAUAGAUACUAAUAAAGAUUAA